UUCAGUUUUAUAGAGCGAGUCUCUCUGUGCCUUACCCUCUCAUGUCUCAACCAACCACUGCUCCAACCGCCGUCGCAGCUGCGUAGAAUUCGCCUCUCUCUAGUUUGCCUGCCCGAAGCCAUGGAGAAAGCACUUGUACAAGAGCAAAUGAGUGCUGCAAAUACAAAUUCAAAUUCAAACUCAAAUGCAAAUGCAAAUGCAGAAGCUAAAAAAAAGAACGACGACAAGAAGCUUAGAAGAAUGCCGAGCCCGCGUGAAAUGGUGUCUCACUACGAAAAACAGGGGAUGGAAACUCAAGAAGCCUCCCUCAAAGUGAUCAAGAACCUACAGGGAGCAGUAUUCAAGUUAUUGACAGAUAGUCGAAAGACCGACUCUCAGAACACAACCUCCAACCAGCUGGACACUCUCCAUUCUCGUCUCCUCCACCUCGAAUCCAAGCUCGACUCCAAGCCCGGCUACCCACAGGCAUUGGCGCUCGGCGUCGCCUCUUCUGGCAUUUGCAAUGCAGCGUGCCAAAUCUGGGAUUCGGUUCGCAGGGCCGGCUCUUAGCUGUUACAGGUACCUAUGCUUUAACUGCCUUAAAUCUUCAAUGCAUGCAUUUUCACAUCUUAGGAUAUAAUGUGGGAAAGCAUAAUAAUGCUAAGUUAAAAAAAUAAAUAGAUUGAUUUGCGAUUGAAAUAAUACUCCCUUCGU